AUGUCGACCGCAAAGCGACCCUCCUACGCAGCAACAGCAUCGGCAGCAGCGGUAUCAGGAUCGACUGCACCAGGCGGUGAUCUUGGUGGCAGGCGUGGGGGAGCUACCAACAGCGGCGAAGUUUCCCACAGGACCAUCCGGGACGCUGUGAGGGCGCAUGCCCCGAAGGAAGAAGGAGGGUUCUUGGGCGUGGAUGAGUACGUGGUUCACCUUUACGACAAGUACGCCGAGGGAGGAGGAAUGCUAUCCAGGAAAACCUUCGCCCAGGUGAUUGCUGAGAUCCUGGGGCAGGAUGGACUGACCGCCAUGGAGCUGGACGAUGCUUUCGACUGGUUUCAGAAGGCUUCCGGAGUGCAGGGAGGCAUCUCCGUAGAUGCGUUUUUGGAAGGAAAUCUGAUGAGCGAGGACGAGAGGAGGGAGACGGCAGGAAAGCUCCGGUCGAAGAUCAAGAAGAAAUUCGGGAAAAGGGACGACCAGCUGCGGGAGCUGUUCGACUUCAUGGCGGAGCCCAACCGAGGGGAUCACGCGAGCGCUCGGGUGCUGUGCGAGGUCGUGGACGAGUGGCUCAAGGUGGAUAUCGCGGAGCCGGAAGCUAUCUCUGUGCUGCAGAUGAUGGACCUGGACAGGGAUGGAGCGGUAUCCGUGGAUGAUUUCAUGGGCUUCAUGGGACCGCAAGGGGAGGAGGUUGUAGAGGCAACCAGUCUGGCAGCAAGACUAGGAUCUGCCAUCGUCGACAUAGAGGUUUCGACGUCUAAAGACCAAGAGCAUGAGCUGGAACAGAGUGGAUACAAGGUGGUCGACGCAAACGUCAAUGCUGGAACCCUAGGGCCUCCAAUUCAUGUCUGGUACCGCCGCCUGAAACACGGAGGAGCGGGCAUGCGGUUGAAGCCUCUGGUGGACGUGGUUGUAGACCACAAAAACGUCAACUCUGCUCUGGUGGUUGAUGGCUAUCAGUGCAUCGAUCGCAGCCUCAGCAAGCCCAACGCCUUUACAGGGACGCAGGCGUUCCGAGUGGCAUCGACGCUCACCGAUGAGAAGCGGAAGAUUGAGUUGAGCAAGAACGUGCGGAGGCAGAUCCGACAGUACGUCGCACCCGCUGAGGCGUCUGAGCAGACCAAAGGGCCAGUCGAGUAUGCGGCCAUCUUCAACAAACACGACCCGAAAGGGCGAGGGUUCCUCAGCCAGGCGCAACUCCGGCACCUCCUGAAGGGCGUGGGGCUCAACGUCGAGAACAAAGAUCUGAAGCUGUUGUUCGGCAGGAUUGACCACGACGCCACCAAUAGUGUCUCCAGGGACGAAUUUCUAAGCUUUGUAGCGUUGACCGAGGAUGAGCUAGACGAGGUGUGCGACAAGCUCCGGAGGAAGUUUGGAGCGGGGAUUUUUUCUGCCGCGGGAGCGUCAAGGAAGGAGCAGAUAAAGGGUCUCCGGCGACGCUUCGCUCAGGUGGACGAGGACGGGACCGGGGUGCUCACGCGGGAGCAGUUCAGCGAAAUGCUAGCAGGCGUGGGGAUAUAUCUCACAGCACAUGAGCAGGAGCGCGUCAAGGAAAGGUUCGACGCCAAUGGCGAUGGGCGUAUCGACCUGCUGAACUUCCUCAACUUUUUCCUCACGCGGGACCGGAAGGAGAGGAGGCGCGCUGCGAGAGUGACUCGAGCCCUAGAAGCUAUCAGGGAGGACGCUCUGCACAAGCAGGUCGACAAGAUCAAGAAGCAGACUAUCGGUCACAUUGACAGCGGCACAGCGUGGCAGGACUUGAGGAAGCGCCAUAUCAAAGCGUACAAGAAGGCGUUCCCGAACUACCUCACCGUCGAUGAUGUCGGCCAGGCCCUGGAAAGACUGAACAUCAGGCUGUCCCAGCGGGAGCUCCACCAGACGGUGAUGCGCAUGGCGCCGCUCGGAAACGGCCACGUGAGCGAGGAAGAUUUCCACCAUCUCAUCGCGGUGCCCCCGAGGGACAUCGGGAUCUUGCUGAAAAUGGUCGAGAAGGAGGCCAUUCCUAGCCUCAUCGAGGCAUACAGGCGCGUCCGGCAUUGCCAGCAUCGCAAGGUUUUCCAGGAGGUUGUCGCGCAUGGGGGCACCGCCGCGGUCGCGGAAGCAGCGUCGCUCGGCGCCACGUUCAACGUUGGAGCGAGCCUGAACUUCAAUGCUGCCGGUGGUAACCUGGGCUGUGGCGGUACGGAGCUACACAGGCCUCGGACAGCUGGGGGAUCCCCCUCUCGCCUUGGCCGUACCGCAGGCGGUCUAGCUGUGGGGGAAUCCACGGCACUACUCACGCCCCUUGCGAAGGGAGGUGCGAUUGGAGGCAUUUCUAUGUCGGGGACGGGAAUGUGGGACGGAGAUGCUGAAGACCCAGCCCUCAGGGAGGACUUCACGAAGCAGCUGGAAGCCCUGGUGAAGGCGAUCAGGCCGGACGACCAGGACUUCACGACCAUCGAGCACAUUCGGGACGGUCUGGCUGGGCAUAAGGGGAACAAGCUUGAUCGAGACGGCAUACACGAGACUGAGUGGGCCCACCUGGCACAGCUCGUGGGAGCAGAGGAACCCGAGCACAACGUCGUCGAUGCUCACGCUUUCCUGGAGGGACUGUGCGGGGAGUGUCUGGAAGAGCACGAGAGCACCAAGGCGGUAACGCUGGAGGACAUCGCGCACACGGAGGAGGAAGCGCUGAAUCUGGUGUGCGAGGACCUGGUAAAGAUGAUCCACGAGGAAGCAAGGGUUGACGUAGGUGAAGACGGAUUCGGAGGAAAUGGUCCCGAACACGACGAAAUAUUUGGCGACGACGCGGGAGGCAACGAUAAGGCUGAGAAGAUGGACUACUCGAAGCCGUUCAAGCUGUUCGAUGAGAAGGGCCUGGGCAUCAUCCCGGUCGACCAGUUCAGGGUGAUGCUCUAUCGUCUACACGUUAACUCGCUUCUGCGGGAGCGGCAGGUGGUGGCCCUGAUAGACCGCUUCGACGUAGACCGCAAGGGCGAGGUUACGCUGGAGGAUUUCAUCGCCUUCGCGCAAAAGAAAACAUGGGGCCAAGACGUGGCAACCGACCCCUUCAAUGCUCUGCUCGGAGCCACAGCGAAUGAGUCGGUGUCGAAAACCGCAGCCGGGGCUGGUGGCGGGAAGGCGGCGGAGUCAGCCACCGGGGAAAUUUCCGACUCCGAUGGCGAAGACGCUAGAUUCCGUGGACUCCGAGUGACUGGGAGCAAGAGGGGGGACGCGCUCGCCGUUCUAAUCAUGUCACAGCUCCGAAAAUCCUUUCCAAACAAGCCCCAAGAGGCCAAGCAAGAGCUGACGGAGGGGCUGCGAGCGCUGGAUCACCGCGGAGAGAAUCGGUUGCCAGUCGCGGAUAUCGUUACGGCCCUGAAGCGCAUGGGGAUCGAGCUUCUCCUCAAGGAGAGGGAGAUUGAGAGGGCGCUACGCGCGUUCGAGGUGGACAGCAAAUACACUGAUGGAGCCUCGGUCAAUGGCAUCAUCAGUGGUGGCGGUGGUGGUGACACAAGCCGCGAGGUUGAGUUUUCGUUGCUGAUCGAUGGCGUCGGCAGGGCCUGGAGAGCGGAAGAUCUUUACGACAAGCAGCACUCACUCACGGGGAACGCUAGAUUGGACAGGAAGGUGGUGCGCCUCCAGCGGGAGUUCCGUUCGAUCUCUACCACAAAAUCCACCAACCCCAAGACGGGGGUGGUCACGUACUCCUACAAAAUGGGGAAGGUUUUCCGAAAGCUUGACGUGGAUGGCGACGGGACUGUCAGCUCUUUGGAGUUCAAGAGGGGUCUGAGGAAACUCAGGAUCGGUGACUACCUCGCCGAGAGGGACGUGCGAAGGAUUUUCCGAUCUUUCGACCGAGGCCUCAGCGGUAGCGUCGACUACCACGAGUUCUGCGACUUCCUCCUCCACGGCGCCGUUGUCAGCGGUAAACCCCAGAACACUCCGAAAGGGCGACGACACCACCACCACCACCACCACCACCACCGACGCCCGCACACCGGCGGAGGGUACGGGUUUUUGUCCUCGAACGGACACAGGAGUUCCCGUCGCAGGCGGCGACGUCGACUCCACCGCCGAUAUGGAUCGGAGGGCGAUGGCGGGGAGAGCGAUAGCGGGAGCUACUUGGGAGGUGGCUUCUACUACGGUUACGACAGCGGCAGCGGGGACGGGCUGUUCGAGGCCCCACCCGACCCGAUCAUGGACGCGGCGAGACUGGCGAUGGAGACCUUUGCGCCGUCGGGGGAGCGACAGCAACGUGUGCGGGACUACUUCCGGGGCAAGGAUAGGAACGCCUCGGGGAAGAUAUCCGAGAGGAAUUUUCACCGGUUCUUGAUUCGUUCCGGGGUAGAGAAUACGCUCGGAGGCGACGGCGCUUGCGGCCUGAUAGAAAGGAUGGACCCCAGAGCGACCGGUUACAUCCGUUACAACAAGUUCCUUGACAAGGUGUUUGACAAGCCCGCGGUGCCGGCACCGGCACCGGCAGCCGAAGAGCCGAAACAGGAAGGAGACAAGAAGGCCAAGGGCGAAGAGACGGCCCCCAUCCUCCAUCGUAUCCAGGAGGCAAUACUUCAGUCCCUGUCGAGAAAUCGCCCGUACCACGGGAUGUUCCGGCUUUCCGACGACACUGGCUCUGGUCUGGUGACGCUCGACGUUCUUCGGCAUAGCCUCAACAUGCUAGGAUCCAGACUGACUCAGCACCUCUGCAAGAGGCCGGCCCUGACGCCGUACGCGGGGGGCGGGGUGUUGUCAUGGCCUCCCCCGGUCGUGCUCCCGUCAACGGACUUCGCUGCUGGAAUGAUGUCGCUCGGGCAGCCCGGGAGGGGUGGUGGUGCUGAUCGCGGGGACCCCGUGCUCGAAGAAGUUGCUUCAAGGGUUAGACAUCGGGUCUUGGAGAAGACGCAGCUGUGGGGACCCAGCUUCAGCCUCUCACGCCAGUUCGAGUUUCACGACCCCCGCAACAGGGGCAUGGUGACAGAAAAUGACUUUUCGUCGGUGAUGGAGCAGCUAGGUGUGUAUCUCUCCGGCCAGGAGACCGAACACCUGAAACGCCUUUUCGACAGGUACGGCGAUGGAGCGAUCGACUACGGCGACUUCUGCCAGCGCAUCAUGUUCGACCGUCAGGGCAUGGAGGCGCUCGCGGGCAAGGUUAACACGCGCUUCAUGGAACUCAGGCGGAGGGGCGUGGACACUAGGUCUGCGUUUGACAUGUACGACCUCAGCAAGACGGGAUUCGUUACCCGCAGAGACUUCCGGGAGGCAAUGAGGAAGCUACAGAUACCGGUUACCGAGCACCAGCUCCAGUCACUCUGCUCGAGGUUCGGGAGGCUGGGGGACCCGGACAGCGUCAGCUACGAGGACCUCUUCUUCUUCGCGCAGUCAGCCAUGCCAGAACUUUCCACGACAAGCGGUGGGCGAGCUGCGGUUGACGGCAGCGGAUAUGACGGCAUCAGAGGAGCAGGAAGUGGGCCGAUUCUGGCAAGGGACAACGUGCAAAGGUGGUACAGCAGAGUAGCGUCGGACGAGGAGAAGAGGCUCUUUGACUCCAUUUACGGACGCCUUCGAAGUUUCAAGCACCAGCAAGAUGUGGGCCUCAAGAGGGCGGCCCCGCCAGACCUGGUGAAGAGAGAUGCUAUGGACGCGCAGGUCAAGUCUCGCUAG